AUGGCAGGUCGACCUCCAGGAACGAAUAACACCAAGCGAUUCGCAGUGGAAUUACGUCGUAGCAAACUUGCCGAAGGCCACAACGACAAACGCAGCAUCCCUGAUCAAACUGUACAGCUCCGGCUGAGGCGGGCUGACUCCAGCAGAAUCACGCGUCACGAGCAACUCGACAAGCUCGUCCUGCUCUCCUUUGACGACUUCCGUCUCAGGCAAGAUGAACCUUCCGGGAAUGGCCAUGUCCUCUUCGCAACCGCAAGAGACUCCGCCGAAUACAUCGCAAAGAUCCUCAAGACCGGUAUCACACUGAACAACAUCACUUACCACUUCUGCGGUCACAGCAAUAGCCAACAGAAGUCCCGAUCGUGCUUCAUGUAUGCGGCGUCGAAAGCCGAAAUUGCUGCCAAGAUCGAGGGGCUUCGGGACUUCUCGAAACUAAAGUCGGGAGGCAAGAAGGUCAAGCGCAUAGGUCUUCUAUUCUCGACAGCAGACAUCGCGAUCGAACUCAGCCCCGAUCGGUGCGAAGACAUAGCCGACAUCGUUUACCAUGACUACACUUUCACUGAUGGCUGCGGACUGAUCUCCAAGCAGUUGGCGAGAGAAGUGGCGAGAAAGAAGCACAUUGUGCAUCGAAACAUGCGAUACCUUCCGUCCGUCUUCCAGAUCCGAUACCGCGGCUAUAAAGGCGUUCUCACAUUGCAUCCUGCUCUGCUUGGCAAGGUGCAGGUCCAAUUUCGGGACUCGAUGAAGAAGUUUGGAGAUGUGAAAGACCACUCUUUUGCCGUGGCUGAGUACUCGAAACCAUACAACUUUGGGUACUUGAACGACGAGAUCAUCUUGCUCUUGCACGCUCUUGGCAUCUCCAGUGAUACACUACUUCGAAAACAGACCGGGUAUCUGAACUUCCUGAAGAAUGUGUCGCUCUGUGAGCCAAGAACUUCGUUCAUGUUCUUAUGCUAUCAAGGCGAGAUGGAACUGGCUGAGAGGCUCCUCCUGGAAGGCCCAGACUCGGUGCGCAGUACUUGCGGCAGACUCGUUAGGGCUGAAUACACCAAGAUGCUGAACAAGCGCGAGGAGCAGCGAUGCCGGAUCAUGAUACCAAAGUCGCGCCUGUUGUUCGGCAUAUGCGAUCCAUUUGGAAAGUUGAAAGCUGGUACUUGUUUCGUACGGAUCACUGACGACUGCGAUGGUGUGGCCAAGACGAUUAUCGGAACGGAGGUUCUCUGCACACGGCAUCCAACCCUGCAGUUCAAGGUUGUCGACUGCCCAGAGCUCACGCACCUGGUCGACUUCUUCGUCACUUGGGAUCCCGACAUCAUCCCGCGGCGUCUCGCUCCAGCCGCUGAGUAUCCUGGCGUCAAGGAAAAGGCACAUUUUGGCAUGAUCGCUGGCGAUGACCAAGCUGAAUUUUUCGCAAAGUCCAACAAUACCUCGCUGGGCAGAGUCAAAAACCUGUAUCUCAAAUGGGCGAGGAUCAAAGGUCCUCUAAGUGAAGAGUGUCAGCAGCUCAACCGGCUAUUCUCCCAGUGUGUGGACGGUAAUCGCAUUCGCGUGCCGCAAGCUUUGGAGGACCCCUCGGAAGCAUCAACUGAGACGCAUCCUUUCAUCCUGGAUAUCCUGCAUGCGAGCGCACGUGCUAUCAUUGAUAUAGCCUUGGAAAAAGACUUCGAUUACGAGGAGGACACAUACGGCGUUGUGGACCUGCUGGCACAUCGUAAUGAGCUUGCAAUGUCCGAGUCCGAGCUCAUUCAGUUAGUGCUUCGCGCUUGCUCUCGACUUCCAGUUGCGAAAGGCACGCUAAGCCUCAUCAUGAACGGUCUGCUACGGUCAGAGUUGCUUACGCCCGGUGAAGUGCACAAAUUCCGCCUGCACGGCGCCAAUCUUCACUGGAAACCAGUCUUCCAAUCAAGCUCGGAUCGAAUGGGACGAUUUCUCAGCAGUGCCGCGAGAGCUCUUCAAUCCUUCCACAAGAAGCUGAUUAUUCUACAGCCCGAUGAGCGUCUCAUACUCAUGAUCUACAUUCCGCAGAAGAUCGAGAACGCCAGCGAAGUUGACGUGGGCGAAGAGGUACGGGUGUUCGCACUACCUCGAUCCUCUGGUACUGACUCUGUCAAUUAUCGAGUUACGCCGACCAAGAAGCAUUAUCGGCUCUACUGUGACGACUCGACUUUCCAGCUGUACGAAUCAAAGGGAAGCAAUACCUUCGUCUUCCUGAACAGGGGCCAGUUGGAUCCAUCCGCUUUCCUCAACACCAAGAAUGAGAGCGAAAGAAGAGCGAAGAAGCAGGAGACAUUUGACACUGGUGUUAAUGCUGAGUGCAGAGCAAGUGUCGCACUUAAUAAGAUCAGUGCUCCCAUACAAAAGCAUGAAAUUUACGUGAUCAGUAACAGAGAUGUCGAGUCGAUGCGAGUCUUGGACGCGUGGCUCCAUUUCGUGGACACUGAGGAGGUUUUGCCUCUUUUCGACCGAGAACCUUCAGAAUAUACUGUCGUGACAGCAGCGGAUCUCGACCGGAGCACAUUGGCACCCCUUGUGGCUACAGUCGUGAUAGAUCGGGACACUGUAGCCGUGCGAGGCGCAGGUGGGAUUGAUGACGUGCGGCAAUCCUUGGAGCUACUGAAUGAAGUCGGCCAGAAGACUCAGCUUCUCGAUGCUUGCACUGAAGUACUGGCCAUGAGCAUGGAUGGUACUUGUCAAAUUCCCGGCAAAGAGAUCUUGCUGUUGCUUCUGGAUUUCCUCCCUAUCGCCCCUUUCUUGAUCGAAACUGUACUGGACUCAGACCUGUGGAAACGAGACACAGCUGUUGUUAUGGAUGCUGCUGCUGAGAUCUUCCCGGUGCUUUGA